CUUUCAGGACCUGGGUUUCAGUGAUGAGACAUGGGGUAUGAUGUAACCCGUUUCCAGGGGGAUGUUGACGAAGACCUUAUCUGCCCUAUUUGCAGUGGAGUUUUGGAGGAGCCAGUACAGGCACCUCACUGUGAGCAUGCUUUCUGCAACGCCUGCAUCACCCAGUGGUUCUCUCAGCAACAGACAUGUCCGGUGGACCGUAGCGUUGUGACGGUCGCUCACCUGCGCCCUGUACCGCGGAUCAUGCGGAACAUGUUGUCAAAGCUGCAGAUUGCCUGCGACAACGCUGUGUUUGGCUGCAGUGCCGUCGUCCGGCUUGACAACCUCAUGUCUCACCUCAGCGACUGUGAGCACAACCCGAAGCGGCCUGUGACCUGUGAACAGGGCUGUGGCCUGGAGAUGCCCAAAGAUGAGCUGCCAAACCACAAUUGCAUUAAGCACCUGCGCUCAGUGGUGCAGCAGCAGCAGACGCGCAUCGCAGAGCUGGAGAAGACGUCAGCUGAACACAAACACCAGCUGGCGGAGCAGAAGCGAGACAUCCAGCUGCUAAAGGCAUACAUGCGUGCAAUCCGCAGCGUCAACCCCAACCUUCAGAACCUGGAGGAGACAAUUGAAUACAACGAGAUUCUAGAGUGGGUGAACUCCCUUCAGCCGGCAAGAGUGACCCGCUGGGGAGGGAUGAUCUCAACUCCAGACGCUGUGCUCCAGGCUGUAAUCAAGCGCUCCCUGGUGGAGAGUGGCUGUCCUGCCUCUAUUGUCAAUGAGCUGAUUGAAAAUGCCCACGAGCGGAGCUGGCCCCAGGGUUUGGCCACACUGGAGACAAGACAGAUGAACCGGCGCUACUAUGAGAACUACGUGGCCAAGCGCAUCCCCGGCAAGCAGGCCGUUGUCGUGAUGGCCUGUGAGAACCAGCACAUGGGUGACGACAUGGUGCAGGAGCCGGGCCUUGUCAUGAUAUUUGCGCAUGGCGUGGAGGAGAUAUAGGAGAACUGGACGGGCUCUCAGGAAGAGAUGGAAUCUGGAGUCCCGCCGCUCCGGCACUGGGCCCCAAGCCCUCCCCACUGUCCUUCCCACCGCGGCUCCCACUUGUGCCACACACCCCUGCCUUCUGGCACUAAAGGGCCCUGGGGCACUGUGCUCAGCCUUUUGGGUGGGAAAGCCAGAUUUCCUCCCUUUGCCAUAUUCUUUCCCUAAAAUGUCUGUCAAUUCUCAGUCUGGGCAGGAAAGCUCCCACCUCUAUAUUUUCCUGCCUAGGGUUCCUGGUUCCAGAUAUUUUCAGAAAGCACAGAGAGAUUCAUUUUGCCUGAAGGAUCACAGUGGAGUGAGGAACUGUCCCUCUCUUCCAAAACCAGGGAUCUGGGCAGGCAGGCCUGUUGCCUCCAAGUGGCAUUUUGAGGGCAGCUCUGGGGGGUAGACAUCCUGAAGAGAUGCUAGGGAUGGAACCAAAACCCUAGAAAUAGUGAGGCCAGUAACUGGCCAUCCCGGUGGCCCUUAGGGGAAGACUGGACCUCUGUGCCAAGCAAUAUCCCUGUUCAGCCCACCUUCCAGGUGCACGCUCCCACCGAGUCUGCGGGCUUGCAGGUUGGGCUGCAUGUGUCCAGAUGAGUUCUUCUUUCCUACACAUUUUCAUAAUUAGGGUAUGACGGGGUUGGGGCAGGGGCUAGUCUCCUGGGAUUGGAAUAUUCGGCAAGAAGCUGCUCUGUGGCUUUUGCUGAAAUAGGGCAGACACUGGUCUUAUGGCAUGGGCCACAGUGGUUCUGUAGACCCCUCUCUAGCCCUGUGAUUGUAGUUAGUUAUUUUGGUAAUGUCCUUUGGCCACUGUUUGUUUAUAUUUCACAAGCUCUACCCACUUCCCACCUUUUUUUUUUGUAGAAUGGCCUGGUUAUGGCUACCCCAGUUUCUAGCCCAGCCACACUGUUGGCAAUUUAAUUUAUUUACUUUUUUUUUAAGAAAGAAAAAAACAAAAAACAAAAAUUAAAACCUUUCUUUUGCUGUUCCUAUUAUGGGGAUUCUGGAUAGGGUGGGACAGGGAUGGGGUCUGUUUUCUAUUUUUCCUUUUCAGCACAACCUUUGGCUUUAAUAUAGGAAGAGCUAAAGGAGUCCUCAGCUGAACUUAUGAUGUCUGCCCCAACCCUCCGUAACCACAUCUGAAAUGAGGCGCUUCCUCUGCUUCUGUAAUGGACAAAUGGUCCAGCAUUGAUGCCUGUGCCCUCUGGAUAAAUGUGCUCCUAAUCCUUCCAGGGUCUCAUCAUGAAACUCUGGAUUGAGUGUAUUAAUUUUGAAGGCAAUCUCCCCUCCCCCAAAUUUCCUUGGAGCAAUAUAGCUGGGCUCUAAGCUUUACCAGGCAAAUGGGGCAGAAAUUGUAUCUCUGUGUCUCUAAGUACAGACUGUGCUGGGCCUCACCCACACACCCCAUGGACUUCAGGUUCAGGUUACCAGGGACAUACUUUGAUUCCUCAGUGACUGGUAGAGUAAGGGGUAGGGGUAAUGGGUGUGAUUAUUCUAAUAUGCAGGUGGGAGUGGGUUGAAGAAAGCCUCCUCCCCACCAUCAAAUGGCUUCCUCUCUUCUUGGAGGUUUAUUCCAGGUCAGCUUCAGUAGGCCUGGGAAGUUGGGUCAUGGCUCCACUGGGAUUGGGCUGGAGGGUACAGCUGAGGGGAGCAGGGUAUGUUCCAGCUCCAGGACAUUGUGCUCAGGAAUUUGAAACCGCUGCUAUACCUAGUCUGGUUACUACAUUUCUUCCACUCCCCUCUCCCCUGCCUGCCUUACCCAGGCCCACUCUCCUGUUCUCCCCCCCAGAUGGAGCCAGGGAGCUCAGUGAAAGCUUCCCCACCCUUUGCACUAGUGUCUCUGCAGGUCGCUGGUUGUGUUGGACGUGGUGUUCCAUGGUGUUGACUGCACUAAUAAACCUUUUACUCAACUCUGCA